GUGGUCAAACCGCCAUUGGUACACGAACUUUUUCACGUUGUAAUUUCUGUACUACGUAAAAUAAUUGUUUCUUUUCAUUAAAAAUACUUCAAAAUGGCUAAUUACGAUGGUCAUGUUGCCAAAAGACAAAAGACAGAUGGCGAUAAUAGAAGUGCUUAUGGUCAGUUUGGAGAUUCUUAUGGAGGUGGUGGUGGUUACAAUAACAGAAAUAGAGGGUCAGAAGAAGAAAAAGUAAAUCAUAUUUUGUUAAUGACAAUUCAGAAUCCUGCUUAUCCUAUUACAGUGGAUGUGAUUCAGACUAUUUGUAGUCCAAGUGGAAAGGUUCAACGUAUUGUAAUUUUUAAGAAGAAUGGAGUUCAAGCUAUGGUUGAAUUUGAUAGCAUUGAAUCAGCCAAGAGAGCAAAAGAAUCAUUAAAUGGUGCUGAUAUAUAUUCUGGUUGUUGUACUUUGAAGAUUGAAUAUGCAAAGCCUACUAGACUCAAUGUUCAUAAGAAUGACAAUGAAAGCUGGGAUUAUACAAAUCCUACUUUAGGUAAAAUCAGUGAUAGACCUGCUUUAUUGCAAGAACCUAGAGGUUAUGGGUCACCACCUUAUCGAGAUGGAGCUCCUAGAGGGCCACCAGCAUAUCCAGAGAGAGAAUCAUAUGAUGGUUAUGGUUCACGUCCAGUGCAUGGAUAUGGAAGUGAUUAUGGUCCUCCUCCUAGGCCUCAGACUCGUUAUGGUAGUCCACUUCCAGAUAGAUAUGGCAGGUAUGAGAGAGAGAUUUAUGAUGGUAGAGUUGAUGGUCCUCCACCACCUGGACCACCAAGUCGUGGACCAUUAUAUGGACCUGGACCAGCACCUGGAGGUCCUGGUGGACCUCAACAAGGGUCUGUUGUAAUGAUUUAUGGUCUAGCUCCAGAUAAAAUUAAUGCAGACAGACUGUUUAAUUUGUUUUGUCUCUAUGGAAAUGUUGUUCGAGUUAAGUUUUUGAAAAGUAAAGAAGGCUGUGCCAUGAUACAAAUGGGUGAUCCAUUAUCUGUAGAAAGAACUAUUGCCAAUUUGAAUGGUGUUAAAUUUUUUGGUUCAAAAAUACAAUUGGGAUAUUCUAAACAAGCAUUUUUAAAUGAUGUUCAGCAACCAUUUAGUCUUCCUGAUGGUAGCCCAUCUUUUAAAGAUUUUAUGGGUAAUCGCAAUAAUCGUUUUACAAAUCCAGAAUCUGCUGGAAAAAAUAGAAUUCAGCCACCUUCCAAAAUAUUGCAUUUUUUUAAUGCCCCAUAUGGUAUAAAGGAAGAGGAGCUGAAAAAAGUUUUUGAAGAUGCUGAAGUUAAAUCGCCUAUAACAAUCAAGAUGUUUCCUUCAAAAACUGAAAGAAGUUCUUCUGGAUUAUUAGAAUUUGAAAAUUUAUCUGAUUCUUUGGAAGCCCUAGUGAUGUGUAAUCACACACCAAUUUCAAAUCAAGGUAAAUUACAUUUAUUUAUAAUUAUUAACAUGUCUAAUAAUGAUAAUAGCAAUAAGUUUACAAGAGUAGUUCUCAUACUUUUUAAAGAGGGGGUUCUUUUAACUUUGUAAACAACUUGUUUCUUU